ACUGUCCACCCGUGGAAAUGGCGCUCAGUGGCGUCGGAGCCUGAAGUCAGAGCUGCUAUAUCAGUCUCCGCUACGAGGACUAUUCGCAUGGGUUGUACGUGAAAAACUAUCGGAUUAUGAGCGAGAAGAGGAGAAGUGGAGAGAUUCGUUAAAUAAAGCCGUGAUCACCGUGCAGUGAAAAAUGCACAACCUGACUGCCCGGGUCACCAGCAGCCUGCUGCCUUACCCAGCAGUUACUGUAGACGCUCUGGGGGAAGAUGAGAUCACCCUAGACUCUGUGCUACAUGGGAAGUUCACCGUUGGUCGCAGCGGGUUGGCCUGGCUGGCCUGUGGCCCCCAUCUGGAGGUCGUCCAUGCAGUAACAGGAGAGCGGCUGUCUGCGUACUGCUUCGGUGGUGGAGGAGAGCACCCACCCAGUGUCCUAGCUGCCAGGGACUUCAGCUGGCUCAAACGGUCUGGAUUGCUGGUAGGCCUGGAGGAAGCAGAGGGCAGUGUGCUGUGUCUUUAUGACUUGGGACUGUCCAGGGUGGUCAAAGCUGUGGUAAUACCAGGCAGGAUAACAGCAAUUGAACCGUUGGUGAGUUAUGGCGGAGCAAGCACUUCAACCCAGCAUCUUCACCAGAGUCUGCGCUGGUUCUUUGGCAUCGCCGCCGUAGUAACGGACCUAGGCCAUGUUCUGCUUGUGGACCUCUGCCUGGACGACCUGUCCUGCAGCCAAAGUGAACUGGAGGCUUCAGACCUGCAGGUAGUGACCAAAUCUCCUUCGGAGAUCCCCAGACUUCGAGAAGUCAGCACCAGACAAGGCAGACAUCUUUGUCUCCAGCUGAACGCUCCCAGUGGAGUGGGAGCCACAGCUCUGCAGUACAUCUCCAGGACCAACCAGCUGGCAGUGGGAUUUUCUGAUGGAUACUUACAGCUGUGGAACAUGAAGGCGCUGAAGAAGGAAUACCACUCCCAGUUGGACAGUGGCAGGGUGCCCGUUCACGCCUUCACCUUCCAGGAACCUGAAAACGACCCCAGGAACUGCUGCUACCUCUGGGCUGUUCAGUCUUCUCAGGACCUUGAGGGAGAUAUGGUCAGCCUCCGCCUGCUUCAGCUGGCGUUCAGUGAAAGGAAGUGUCUCGCUUCUGGAAGGAUCCUCUAUGAGGGUCUGGAGUAUUGUGAGGAGCGUUACAGUCAGGACUUGAGUGGCCCAGCCUUCCCUCUCAGGGCCCAGGCCACCAACACCCGUCUGCUGAGUUGCCAAACCAUUGAGAAGUUCAGAGCUCAUCCUGACAGAGAUGACAGCAUGAAUGAAGUUGCCUCUCCAGACACCAGUGUGUCUAUCUUCAGCUGGCAAGUGAGGGCAUACGGGCAGGGGACCCCAUCUACCUACAUCGGGGUUUUUGACAUCAACCGAUGGUACCACGCACAAAUGCCAGACUCCUUAAGAACGGGGGAGUCUCUUCAAAAUUGUCCCUACCUGGCGGUCUGGUCUCUGGACUCCGUGGUGCAGAUGGUGUCUCAGCACCUCCUCCUGGAUGUGCUGGUGCACGAGCGCAGCCUGAGCAGAGGCAUGCCCUUCACCUGCCCCCCAUCAGAACAGUACUUUAACCCCACCACAUACAACUUUGAUGCUACCUGUUUGCUCAACUCCGGAAUAGUGCACUUAACCUGCUCUGGGUAUCAAAAAGAGACACUGAGCUUUUUGAAGAAAGCUGCCCCUUGUUCCAGUGACAUCAUCUCCUCCAGCUACUCUCGCUGCCUCAUGUCUGGCCUCCUCUCAUCGCGCCUGGCUGACACUCAGGCCUCCAGCCUCUCUCAGGAGGAGCAGCUGGAUGCCAUCUUGUCCACAGCGGUAGAGACCAGCUCUUUGGGACUGAUCACUGGCUGUAUCAAGCAGUGGACUGCAGAAGAACAACCAGGCUCUGCUCUGAAUCUGCGCUACAUCCUGGACUGGGCCUGGAACAAAGUAGUACAGGCAAAGGAAGAACUGGAUGGAAUCUGUGCACCGCUGUUUGACAGCUCAUCCAACUUCACAGACCCUCAGACGCUGCAGCUUCUUCAGCACAGCCAGAGGCUGCUCAGUAACCUCAGCACCAUCUUCCACUGUCUGCUCAGUGAAGCUCAGGAGCUCACACAGAAAGGUCUGGUGGGUCUGAUGAACAAGAACAUGGUGUCCAGUCUCAUUUCCAAGUACGCUCAAGUGGUGCUCUGGUUCUGUCGUACUGGUCUACUGCCCGAAGGAUCAGACGAUGACGCUCUCCAGAUCUCCAGGCCUUUCUACACUCCCUCAGUCAUCGGCAACUAUUAUACGAUACGCAGAGAGGAGCUCACCAGGCUGGCUAAGGGCAAGUGGUGUGCAGACUGCCUGAUGAUUGACGGGUUGGUCGGCCAGUGUGGUGAUCGCUUGACCAACCUGUGGAAAAGGGAUGAAGGCGGUACAGGGCAGUACCCCCCACCAUCAUUGCAUGCCUUGUUGGACAUUUAUUUACUGGAAAACAUUGACGAAGCCGCCAAACAUGCCAUUGUGAUUUACCUUUUGCUCGAUGUCAUGCACUCCCUCCCUAAUAAGGAGGGAGCAUCAGUGGAGUUUUUCCCCACAGCUUUUGCCAUUCCCAUCGGACUGGUGAAGCUCGUACAGGGCCUCUGGCUUCUGGACCAUCAUGACCACCAGAGUUCAUUCGAGCUGCUCCUUCAUCCAGCAUCCUCUCAGUGUCAGUUUAAGUGGCAGCACGAGCGGGUCCUGCAAGCUCUCAUGUGCCAGGGUCAACACCCAGUGGCACUACGAUAUUUUCAAGUCACAAAACCCCCAAUUUCCUCCACUGCCCAGGCCAAACUCUGCCUGUCUGUCCUGCUACACAACAGGUGUCUCAUCGAGGCGUGGUCUUUACUUCGGCAGCACUCUAGUCGUCUCAACAUGGCCGAGCUGAUGGGUUUCCUGUAUGAGAGCUGCCAGGAGCUGGGCCUCAUCAAGGAGCUGCUCAAACUGCCCCUGGGCCUCGCUGAGCAGGAAUGUUUGGAGAAGUUUCUCCAGGGGACCGGAGGUCUCCAGAACCGAGAACUGCUGAUGGUUCAUUACCUCCAGCAGGCCAACUACAUUCCUGCCCUCCAGCUCAACCACAGCCUCAAACUGAACCUUGUGAAUGAGCGAGACCCAAAGCUUAAAGAACGAACAAACACCAGGAACUCGAUACUGGAUCAGUACGGCAAAGUUUUACCCAGAGUUCAGAGGAAACUGGCGAUGGAGAGAGCCAAGCCCUACCAGCAUUCCUACGCCAUCCACAGAGAAGUCUCUCGGCCACAGCCACUAUCAACCAUCACCAAGCGCACCGCCAGUGAGAAGGUGAUGUCGAGGGCCGGCUUCAUCAACAAUCUCCUGACAAAGAUCGAGGAAGUGUGGUUAGGCAAAGGAGAAACACCGCAAUCCUCACCAGCAAAGAGGGCUGCUGAUGUUAAGAGCCCCAAGUCUUCUUCCUCGACUCUUCCUGACCCCUUCCUGGGGACUCCGAUCACUAUGACCUCCAAACGGAAGUCAAGGCUCAUGGACUUGGUGGUUCACCCCUCCUGUCAGACCCCCCGCCCUCUGCUCAGCCCACCCAGACCUCCCAGCUCCUGGAUCUCUCCAAAGAGCACCAACAAAGGGCCUGAGCUUAGUCUUCUGCAAACACCGCAGGUCGUCAAGCGAGCUCGCGCCUUGGCGGCCUCCGGUCCUGUGUUCUCAGCCUUCACUCCACAGUCCAUCCUGCGCAGCAGCCUGAGGCCCACACCUGUUGCCACCCCCUCUGCUUCUCCAGGACGCUCCCUUACGCCUCCACCUCGCAGCAAAGAGAACCGGAUCACCUUCAUCGAAGAGGCUGAAUCUCCUGAACCAGAGAAGGGCAUUCGAUGGACUAAUGGGAUGGCAGCAGACAGCGAGAUUAGCUUGUUGACCAGAGGCUCUUUGCUGUCCAAGUCCUCCCGUAAGAUCUGGUCCGCACAGCCUGCGGAGGAGGAAGAGGAUGGAGACGAGGAAGAGGAACAACCUCAUGUAAAGUUCUUGCCUCCAGAAGGGGGUAUUCCCUCUCCAGAGCUGAGAUGCUUCGAGAUCGAGCCUUCCUCGCUCAGUGAAGUCGCUGCUGAAACCAAACCAUUACACCUCAACCUGAGCUUCGACACCAGCCAGGCAUCUCUCCGAUCAACCGACACCACCCUGGAGUUCUUUGAUGCUCCGCUCUCUGCGGUCCAGGAAGGAGAGGAGGGACAUGCUAUUUCAGAGGAAGAUGAAAUGGUAGUGACGAUGAACAGAAAAGGACUGAGGGAAGAGGAAGAAGCACAGGAAAUACCCUCGCCUAUCACAGAGCAAACCCCUCCCCUGACCUCAGAAGAUCACACUGAGGAUGACGACAUAGAGGACACUCCCCCAGUGACGGAAGAGGAAAUAGUUGAGGAGGUGAUGGAGAUUGGUCUUGAUCAAGAAGUUCAAAACGAAGAAGUUCUGUCUGAAAAUGAAGACAAACAGCAUGCCGAGUCAAACAGCGAACAAGAAGGUGCUGCACUUCUUGACCAUGAGCAGUUGUCCAGUCUCAAUCAAGUUUCUAUCCAGGUAACUGAGAGUGAAGAGCCUGUCCCUGAAGUGGAAUGUCAAGAUCAGCUGCUAAUUGCUACAGGGCAGGACGUCCAAUCAGAGGCCACAGAACAAACAGAGAUAAUUGAGCAGGAAGCACCACCUGCAGCAGCUGAACCCUCAUGUGAACCUGAAGAGGAUCCAGAGCCAUCGACAGCAGAUCUGACAGAGUUCGUGCAGAGACAUUUGUUUGACAUUGAUUCGACCUCACUGCUCGCCCGCUCAGGAAUCCACGAAACAUCACCGACCCUGACAACCUUCAACAAUGAGUCAUUAUGUGAGGAGGAAGAGGAGGAGCCAUCCACUGCUGAAGCUCCCCCGAUAUUAACCAGCCAGAAAUCUACUACCUCUGUGACAUCCUCUGAGCCUACAGGCACAGACUCCCACUCUGUUGUGAGUGUAAACGAUAGUGAAGAGCUUUCCAGCCCUGUGUCUGAGGAAGAAGAAGAAGACGAGGAGGAUGAUGAAGAGGAUUCUGAUCAAUCUGAGGAAGAGGAGGAAGAGGAGGAGGACUCUGGUAGUGAGGUGGAGAUCAUCGAGGAGGUCCAGGGUAACGGGAGGCUGCCCCCCCUACAACCCAGCACAGUCUUCGUACAACAGGAACACACACACUUUCUGUCAGAUCUGUCGGAGCCGGAGGCUGCAGCGUUCUCUCUGAUCACACCUGCUGCUGAGAUGAAGAUGGUUGAGGAGGACUUGGAAGGGGAGGUGGUGAUGGUGAGACUCGGGGCGGAUGAUGGAGGCCUGCUGGCAGAUGAGGAAGAGCAAGGGUCAUCAUACAUGGAGCUCAAACCCUCCACCACUCUCCUGGUCCCCCUGGAGCUGAUGGAGGGCCAGGACGGUCUCGUGGAUGGUGCUCAGCUGGAUCUUCCUGAGCUCCAGCAGACCGUGCAAGACGACCUGACGUGUGAAACACAAGGCGGUUUCUCUCUGAUGCUGGACGUGGAAGAGGAUGGGGACAAAGACGCAGACACCCUACCCAUGGAGAACGAUCUUCAAUCCUCUGAGCCUCCUGCCCUGUCUUAUGAUGAACUUGUGGCCAAACCCGAGGUUAUUCUUUUGGGCAUUGAUGAUCAGGUCUCAGAAGAGGACCAGAGAACAGAGAUGGACAGCUUGGGUGGAAUUGAGGAAAAGGGACCGACAGAAUCAGAGCUUGAAAAACUGUCUGAUCAAGCUGAGCUACCAAGUGAAUUAAUCACAGUAAACCAUGAGGCAGAAGAUGUUGAAGAAGAGCUGCUAACAUUGUCUGAAAAACACCAACCAGAAGGUCUUUCAGAGUCUCUGUCACCUGCAGAGGAAGAUCUCCAAGCUGUAAUGGAUGAAAACGACUCAGUUGCAGACAAUGAAUCUGUUGAGGACAAGAUGAGUGAGGAGAAGCAUGAUGAUGAGGAGGAGGAGGAGGACAAACUAUCACCUGCAGAGGAAGAACCCUCGGCUGUAAUGGAUCAAAGUGACUCCAUUGCAGACAAUGAAUCUGUUGAGGACAAGAUGAGUGAGGAGAAGCAUGAUGAGGAGGAGGAGGACAAACUAUCACCUGCAGAGGAAGAACCCUCAGCUGUAAUGGAUCAAAGUGACUCCAUUGCAGACAAUGAAUCUGUUGAGGACAAGAUGAGUGAGGAGGAGAACAAACUAUCACCUGCAGAGGAAGAACCCUCAGCUGUAAUGGGUGAAAGUGACCCUAUUGCAAAGAACGAUUCAGCUGAACAGGAGAUAGAGGAAGAGGAUGAUAAACCAACAACUUCUGAGGAAGAACUCCCAGCUGUUAUGGAUGAAAACGACUCUGUUACAAAGAACGAUUCAGCCGAAGAGGAGGAUGAACCAACACCUGCUGAGGAAGAACUUCCAACUGUAAUGGAUGAAAAUGAAUCUAUUACAAAGAACGCUUCGGCUGAAGAGGAGGUAGAGGAGGAGGAGGAGGAGGAGGAUAAACCAACACCUGUUGAGGAAGCACUUCCAACUUUAAUGGAUGAAAACUCUGUCACAAAGAACGAUUCAGCCGAGGAGGAGGAUAAACCAACACGUGCUGAGGAGCAGGUAGAGCCUCAAGAAAAUGGCCCAGUUGUCAUGGACAUUGAGAUCUCCCCCUGUGUGGAGACGACGACUGCUGUGGAGGAGAUGCAGCAGGCUGACAAAUUCUCUAAAGAGACAGAAGAGCAAAUCAUUGAGGUUUCUAAGACGGAGAAAGAAACAACAACAAGAACCAGGGGCAAACAGAGAAAACCAAAAGAAGCUGAGGCAGAAAAGCCAACGAAGAUUGAAGCUUUGAGCUCUGAGAGUCAGCCAGAAGAGCCGUCUGUGCUGGAAACCUCUACUUCUCUGAGGAAAAAGAAAGCUCCUUCGACCCCAACAAGGAGAACCACAAGAGGCAGGACGGUCACGUUCAUCUCCCCUCUCACAGAGGAAGCAGAGGAGCCACAGGAGGACGGGAGAGUGGAGGAUGUAGAAAUGAGCCAACCGGUACCUUCCUCACCCAGUCGUACACCGAGAAAAGGUAAACAGAGCAAAGACAUCAACGGACAAGCUAGCACACCUCGAAGAAGUGCCCGCAAAGCUCAGCAGGGGCCUUCUAAUGGUGAAGUGGAGGCCAUAGUUUACACUGCUGCUGUGGCAUCAACGUCUAAGACCUCGUCUCCAGGCAGACAGCGUGUUUCCCAGAGAGCCGCUUCAACAAGGAGCCAGAGUGGUAGUGACGAGGUGUCUGCAGCCCCAGGGCCUGAAAUCAAAGACGAGGAGGAACAAGAGGAUGACGUCCCAGAUGCAAAGGUUUCUCGACGAGCAAGCUCCAAGACUCCCACACCUGCCAAACGAAGGCUCCCUGAGGCGAACACUCCGAGGAGAUCCAGCAGGAGGAUACUGAGCGGCAGUGAGGUCGUGCAAACACCUUUAGAGGCUUUGAAAGAAGAGGAGCAGGACGAGGUCUUUGCGUCACCUGUUAAACGCAGCUCCAGGACUCGACAGUCAAACCAGACGUCUCUUAGUCUUCAUCCACAAAGUGUAAGAAAGACGGGAAGAGAGACAGUCUCUGAAAACACUAAAGAAAGUGAAGUUCUACACGAGCCUGAGCUGAACAGCCGUGCUGCUCGCACCAACUCACAUCGACCCACCAGAAGCCAACUCUGGGAUCAUCCUGAGGAAGACCUUCCCCUAUUGGACUCCCCGCUUGAGGUGGACUCUGAAACCCCUGUCGCAGACGCCCUCAUCAAGAGACUUCAGGAUGAAGAGGAGAAACAGGAAGGAGGAGUAGUCAUCUCAAAGAUGGUGAGAACCAGCAAGAGGAGCACCAAGUCGUCCGUGGAGCAGAUUCAAUCCGUUCCUCCUGAGAAAGACAGUCUGAUCCCCGAACAAGAAGAAGCAGAGUCUUGUCCAGACGAGCAUUCGUUCAUCUAUUCGCCCUCGCGUAGAAGAACAAGAGCCAGCAGAGCAGAGUCUCCGGGGCCAAGUGAAGAGUUGCCGGUACCGGUCACUCGCAGCAGGAGAAGAGUCGUCAAGGACGCUCCUCAUGACACAGAAGAAAAUGUGGAAGAUGAAAAGGAAGCCCCUGCUAGCACGAGAAAAACAGCCAGACGAACAGCCAAAUCCAAAGCCGUUCCUGAGCCGCCUCCCAUAGCACAGGUGGACCUGAUCUCACCUCUGCCUAGCCCAGUUGAUCCACCUCAGCGAGUACAGAGGAGGACAAAGGAGGCAGAGGCCCCCGCCUCCAACAUGAACCUCCGACGCAAACGCAUAAUGGACACCGUUUUCACCAAACCCGUCACACGGAGGAAGAAACUCUGAGGAGGUCGAUGAGGAGUAAACCUUUGAACCUCAGUCAGCAGCCAGAAGAUUUUAAACAAACUGUUUGAGAAGCUGUCAAAUAAAAGUGUAUGCAUAAACUCCUCCUAACGGUUAUAUCUCCUCAGAUGCCUCGCAGUGCUGCAGUUUUCUUUCUUUGUUGAUUUCUCUGUAGGGCAAAGAAAUAAAGCAAUGUAGGCAUGAAAAUAUAUUUUGAGACAAAACACAUGGGUGUACAGUGAUGUGAGUGGACUAUAUUUUUGGAGUUUACACAGCACUGUUACAAACUCGCAUAUUCUCACAUCUGUGGCCGUUUUGUGUUGGACAUUUGUAAUGCUCCUGCUACGAUGAAGUCUCUGGCUGUAGAGUGAAAUGAGGGAAAGCAUCAGUGUGGAGUUAGUAAACCAGAGAGACUGAAGUGAACUUGCCUCAGCUGAAGAGGUUUUAUUUACAUUCUCUAAUAUUUUAAUUUUUUUCUGCUGAUGUUUACUUUUAAGAUUUCAAGGCCUGCUGUUUUUUUCUAUUUAAGAAGAAAGGCAACCAACCCAGUGGAGACCUGAGGUUUCUACUGAUAGAUUUGUAAAUAGUCUUUUGCUAUGUUCCAAAUAAAGUUAAUAAAUAAAUCAUCAACGAAUAAUGUUCAUUUUGAAGUGUGAAGUGUGUGGAUUGCAUUUGAUCAUCUUAUCAGACUGCCUAUGCCAUAGUCUUAAACUUUCAGUGAGUGGGGGGAGAUUCUGUGACUGAGACAGAUGUGUACGCUUCAGAUUUUUGUCUAUCAGAGGGAUGUUGUAUAGUGUGAAUGAAAACAAAACUUGCACAGUGGUUUGAGUUGGUAAAAUUCCUUUGGGAUAUGUUAAUAGGCUUGUUUAAUUAAAAUAUGGCAAAUCCCAUCUGACAAAAGGCUAUUUUCUGAUGAAUGUAUGUAGAAUGUCUUAUUUUUGAUGACUGCUCUUUGAUAAAUAUGGUAAAGCUUGAA